AUGGCAAAUGCCUCGACGAUUCAAAUAAACGGGGGGAACUCAACGAUUCAAAUAAACAGAGGGAACCUUGAUACUAAUCACUUGUUAGACGUUGAUGGAAGUCACCAACUAAAUGCACAGAGGCCAGCAGCUCCUCCCAAAGGGUCGUUACCAACAUUCUUCACGGGUCCUGAAGUGAACCUUAAUUACUACCGACCCUUGCAUCCAGCCGCAAAAGAAGGCGACUGGGUUACUGCUAAAAGUUUCAUCGACAAUGAUAUUGCCGUAUUGACAGAGGUAAUCUCACUCCAAGGAAUGACGGCACUUCAUGUGGCGGCCAGCAGCUCCCAGUCCAAAUUUGUAGAGAAGAUGGCAGACCUGAUGCCGGUUGCUGCCCUCAAUGCACAAGAGAAAAAGGGUUGCACCGCCCUUCACUAUGCAGCUGUGGGGGGAGGGAACUACAUUGAUGGAAAGACCCCGCUCUUCUUUGCUGCUAACUGGGGUGCACGUAAGGAAAUGUUAUGGUACCUUUCUACGGUGACUACAGAUGAGCAUCCGAGCUAUGCCUUUACUGGUCCUUGUUCAAGUUCGCUAAUUUUGGGUAUUGCAGUUGUAGGUUUCUAUGAGCCAAGAUUGAAGCUUGUGUUUGGUCGAAAGCUGGUACACAAACAGUGUUUUGAACUAAUAGAAUUUGUUUGCAAACAAGCUGUAUUAUUAGAUAAUGAGCAAACUCUACACUUCUUCUUGGAUGGCGGAAUUCUACAUGUUGCCAUGGCGGGAGGAGUAGUUGAAAUUGUAGAAGUAACUUUGAACUAUGUACCAGAUCUACUUUGGUACAAAUACAAUAUCCAUACUCUAUUGCAAGUAGCUAUCAAGCAUCAUCGAGAGAAGUUAUUCAAUCUUCUGAUCGAUGCGACGGCACGGAAUACAUUUUUAGCUUUUGGAUUAGAUAAUGCUGUUACAGGUCUUGCUUUUCAAAUGCAGAGAGAAUUACAGUGGUUUAAGGAGGUGGAAAAAAUGGUGAACGAUAAAUAUAAGUGGCAAAUGAACUCACAGGGAAAAACACCUAGGGAAUUGUUCACAGAAACUCACAAAGAUUUGCUCAAAAAGAGCGAACAAUGGAUGAAGAAUACAUCAAACUGA